AUUGUAGAUGAGCCAGUUCCUUUCCUGUCACUUUGGGGCUGCUGGGCAGAGCUCUGGGCGUUUACAGGCAGAGGUUUCAACACCUCCCUCCACUCGCAGUUUAAAUCCAGAGAGAAAACCUCUGAGGUGUCAGUGUGUCCUGUGUGAAGGAGCCAGAGACACAGCAAUGGAGCUCUUCUCUCUGUUGGUCUCUGCUGUUUUGGUCUGUGUCUGUGUCAGUGCUGGGAUUCCUCAUGAUGGGAUUCACUGGACAUACACAGAGGGAGCUUUGGACCAGAUGCACUGGCCCACCAAGUACCCGGCAUGUGGUGGUAAAAAGCAGUCCCCCAUAGACAUCCAGAGGCGCAGCGUGAGAUUCAACCCAGACAUGCUGCAGCUGGAGCUCAAUGGAUACGAUGCUCAGCAAGGAACCUUCCAGAUGUCCAACAACGGACACUCCGUUCAAAUUGACCUGCCUCCCACUAUGGUGAUCACUGAGGGCCUCCCAGGGAAAUACACAGCUGUCCAGAUGCACCUGCACUGGGGCGGCUGGGACCUGGAGGCCAGCGGAGCGGAGCACACCAUCGACGGCAUCCGCUACAUGGCAGAGCUCCAUGUCGUCCAUUACAAUUCUGACAAGUACAAGAGCUUCACUGAAGCCAGAGAUAAGCCAGACGGGCUGGCAGUGCUCGCAUUUUUCUAUGAUGACGGGCAUUUUGAGAACACCUACUACAGCGAUUUCAUCUCCACUCUGGCCAAAAUCAAAUAUGCCGGUCAGUCCAUGACCAUACCGAGCAUCGACGUGCGCUCCAUGCUCCCCGAGAACCUCAACCACUUCUUCAGGUACCAGGGCUCCCUCACCACGCCGCCCUGCUACGAGAGCAUCCUCUGGACCGUGUUCGACACUCCCAUCACGCUCUCACACAACCAGAUCAGGAAACUGGAGAGCACCCUGAUGGACAUGGACAACAAGACGCUGUGGAAUGACUACCGCAUCGCUCAGCCUCUCAACAGCCGUGUGGUGGAGUCGUCCUUCCUGCCGCGCCUCGGAAAAGGAACAUUUUGUCGUCAAGAUGAGAUUGAAUCCAAGCUCCUGAAGAUCGAGGGUCUGAUAACGUCUCUUGGAAAGCACAUGCAUUCAGGUGGACUUCGCAACUCAAGGCCUACCAGAUAUGAACCUCGCGCUCUGUUUCCUCUGGUGCUCAACUUCGAGGAGAAAAACUCUGGGAGUUACGCCUUAGCCCGCCUCAGCCAUCCCAUGGAGCUGGCCUCCUUCACCAUCUGCAUGCACGUGCUGCCUCAGCUCCAGGGCGUCCAUACCGUCAUCUCCUACGCCAGCAACGGCAACGACAACGAGCUGAUGAUCUCCAUCGGCGAGGACAAAAACUCCAGGGAGGUGGGCCUCUGGAUCGGCAACGAGUUCGUCAACCUGCCGUACAACUUCAAGUCCCACGACUGGGCCAACUACUGCGUCACGUGGUCGUCCCACACCGGUGGCGCGGAGCUGUGGAUCAACGGCAUGGUGGGGGAGCAGCGGUACCUGAAGAGCGGUUACACGGUAAGCCCCGGCGGUGUGUUCAUCGUGGGCAAAGACCAGGACGGAUUACUGGGCAUCUCCAACGCGGACGCCUUUGUGGGUAAGAUGACUGAUGUCAACGUGUGGGACUAUGUGCUGACCACAGCAGAUAUCCGGGACCAGAUGUCAUGUGAGAGAAACAACACCGUGGUGGGAAACGUGUUCAGCUGGGGAACCACCAAACUCAGUCUGUUUGGAGGGGUGCAGCUGGACAGCGAGUACAGAUGCUCCUGAAGAGCUGCGUCUGGUCACAUGAGCUUUAAUAAUGAGCUGCAAUAAACCAAAAUAUCACUGCUGGUGGUGGGGAUUUAAAAUGUGUAUGUAAUGAAGGAUAAAAUGUCUUUCAGGCACCUGUAAGUCAAUAUUUAAUGCAAACUGUGUCUUAUAGCUUCAGCCAUGUCUUGUAUUCAUAUCAAUAAAGGCUUACAUGUGACUUA